AUGGCCAUAGCAUUCGAGCGACUGUUUCCAGCAGAAUGGGCGAGUUGGGAAGGUGGAUACGCCACGAGUCAGCAAGACUACCAGGCAAUGUCCAAGCUUCCCAACGAUGUGUUUCCUGUUCAUGACAGCGACGGCCGUAUUCGGAAACCGGCGCAACAAGACAGCUGCACAUACGUUGAGCAGUGGCUUAGCAAGGCCUCCACCGCCCACAUGUCGUUGCCAUAUCAUAGUGAACGGCUAUAG